AUGUUUAAAAUAUAUUCAAUCUUACCACCACCUAUCAAUAAGUUUGCGGGUUUUAUCCUUUAUGGUUUAUUAUCAGUAGCGUUAAUAACGUUAGCACAGGAAGAUACUAUAGCGAAUAACAAUUGUAAAGUACCCUUAGAGCCAGUUCCGGUAGAGAAUAAGCAAAUAACGAUAGGAUAUGUUCGACUGUUUGGCACAGGUCAACCAAAAAUACCAUGGAAUAAUUAUGAUUAUAUAAAUGUUAUUGCAUAUCCACAAGACGGAGGAGGAGAUUGGUAUAGUAUUUUCCGUCAAGAUGAAAACAAAUUAAAACCCAUAGAUGAUUUGGUUAAAGAUAAAAUCAAUGCUAAUCCAUCUACUAAAAUUCUUCUUUCAAUAAGAGAUUAUGACGUUGUUCAUGAUUUAGACGGUAUAGAUAUUGAAUAUCCUGGAAUGAGAGGAAGUUUAUGUAAAAGUCCUUGGGAUAAAAGAAAUGAUGACAAAUUCAUUAAUUUUUUAAAAGACCUUCGUUUGGCAUUGAAUGAAACAGGAAGUGAUAAAAUAUUAAUGUUAACAGUUGGUAGAGAUAUAAUUGGAAAUUUAAAAGAUGAAAUUGAAAAUAUUAAUUUUCUUAACAUAGAAACUUAUCAUAAUAGUUUAUAUCAAAAUUUAAAAACGCCAGACGAUAACAACUAUAGAUCAUAUCCAAACUCUCCAUUAAAUGCAUACCAAGCUGCAUAUUUAGCAUGGAUUGGCGCUGGAAUCAAUAGUAACAAAAUAAUUAUGGGCGUAGAUUUUGGGAACACUAUUCAAAUGAUAGUUGAUAAUGGCAAAACAAUUGAAAAAUCUCAAACUGUUAAUUUUCAAAAAAAUGUUGUUUUUGAUGUUAAUCGUCUAGGUUUAGAGGCACAAACAAAACGAAUCAAAUAUCCUUGCGGUGAUGUUAAUGAUAAUAAUCAAAUGAAACUAUAUUCAUGGUCAUGGAAACAUCUUUCAAAUUCUACUCUAGAUCCAAAAUCCGGAUAUUGUAAUAUUAUUAAUAAUAAUAUUCAAUUUAAUUGGACGCGUAAUUUUGACCAGGUUGAUGAAUCUAAGACACCAUGGUUAUAUAGCGCUUUUAGUCCUGAUAAUACUCCUAAUUAUUAUUUGUAUGUAUCUUAUGAAGAUUUUGUUUCAUUAAGUUUGAAGUUAGAAUUUGCCAAGAAUAAUUUAGUCGGAGGAAUUUCUAUAUCUGAUGUUACUUUUGAUGAUGAUAAGAACAAUUUAUUAAAUUUUAUGCAACCAAUACGAGGUAAAUCAACAGUUGGAAGUUCAUCUCCAUCGAAUGGGUCAGGUAAUGGAAAAUCUAAAUCAAAUCCUAAUGAUUCAGUUAUUCCUAAGAAAAAUAAAGCCGGACUUAUCGCCGGAUCAGUUAUUGGAGUUAUAUUUGGUCUAGCUUUAUUUGGAAGUUGCGCGUACAUGUAUCGUCAAAAAAUUCUUCUUAAAUCCGAAGCUGGAGAUAUUAAAACGAAGGGUGCACAUACGACUUCAAAGAUUGAAAUGGCAUCCGAACAAUCACCGAAUCGAUUUGGAUCACCGACCACUGUUUUACCAGUUGCAUCUGGUCAUGUCACUGCAAUGUUUGAUUUCAUUGGUAAAGAAGAGAAUGAUUUAAGUUUCAAGAAAGGUGAUGUUAUUGAAGUAUUGGAAAAGGGUGAUGGUCCAAAUGAUUGGUGGGUUGGAAGGGUAAAUGGAAUUGUGGGAGAAUUUCCUGGUAAUUAUGUCAAAGAGACAUAA